AUGGUGCAACCCGACACGAAGUUGACUCUCAUGACCCAGAAACUUGUUCAUCCUAAAGGUCGUGAAGACCUGUUUAAUGUUCAUAUACAGGUAAAGCACGAUUUGAUAAACACUAUAAUUGAUCCGGGAAGCCAAAAGAAUCUCAUUUUAGAGGCAUUAAUCCGGAAGUUGCGGUUAACAACCACUCCUCAUCCUAACCCAUACCCGUUGGGAUGGAUACAGAAAGAUGUUAAGUCACAGAUUACUCGAAAAUGUACUAGAGAAUACAUUGACGAAGUGACUUGUGAGGUAGUACCAUUGGAUGUAUGCCAAGAUGGAGUAGAGUACUUCAUUCAUGCCAGCAAAGUUUCCUUGAGUAAUAGUUUGAUUAGUGCUAAUCAAGCUAAAGGGAUGGUGAAUGCUUGUGGGAAGUUCGUCUUACUAGUGGUUCGACCACGAGAAAACACCCCAUCUACAUAUGUGUUAUCUACUAUGAUACUUACUCCUAGACAUAAACUUGAUAUGGAGGAGUUACAAUUCCAAUUCUCAGACUUGUUUGAUAAUGUUGAAGGCUUACCACCACAGCUCCCAGUAAAGCAUGAGAUACAACUCGUUGGAGAAUCUUCAUUGCCUAAUUUUGGUAUGUAUUGUCAUUCAGUGCAGGAGAGCAAAGAAAUCAAGAGACAAGUCAAAGAGCUCAUAGAGCAAGGAGUAUUGAAGCCAAGCUGCUCACCUUGUGGAUCCCCAAUAUUGUUGGUCCCAAAGAAAGAUGGCAGUUGGCGUAUGUGUAUUGAUUUUUGGGCGCUCAAAAAAGUCACUAUUAAAAACCGGUAUCCAUUAUCGAGGAUAGAUGAUUUAAUGGAUCAACUACAGUCAGCUCGAUGGUUCACCAAACUAGAUUUGAAGUCUGGUUAUCAUCAAUUCAGAAUCAAAGAAGAAGAUACAUGGAAAACCGCAUUCAAAACCAAACAGGGCCUCUACGAGUGGCUACAGAUGCCGUUUGGUUUAUGCAAUGCUCCGGCAACAUUUAUGCGUCUCAUGAAUGAGAAUUGCGAGUUUGGGAAGAGUUCUCUUGUGUAUCUUGGUUUUAUAGUUGGUGACGAAGAAUUGAAAGUUGAUCUGUCCAAGGUGCAAGCUAUUACAGAUUGGCCUAGACCUUGUACAGUAACUGAAGUACGUAGCUUUAUGAGAGCUUGUCAGUAUCUAAAAACAGAUGCGAGUAAUUACACAUUGGGUGGCAUUUUGAAGCAAGAUGGGAAGCUAGUUGAGUAUUAUUUUGAGAUGUUCAAUGCUGCAGUGCGAAAUUAUCCUACCUACGAUAAGGAGUUGUUUUCCUUACACCAGUGUACACAGUCCAAGUUGCAGCAAGCUCGACACAUGAAGUGGAUGUCCUACUUGCAACAAUUCAACAUCAUUAUCAAGUACAAGAAAUGGGUUACAAACAAGUUGGCAGAUAUGUUGUCUAGACCUCCAGGACAUUCCGCUUUAUUGGUGGCUAUGCAACUCCAACCUGCGGUACUUUCUAAGUAUGUAACAAGUUAUGAUAGUGAUCAAGAAUUCAAAAUGUUCUUUGAUAAGCUACAACGUGGGAAGCCAUUCCAAUUUCAAAUGAAGGAUGGCUUAAUGUUCAAGGGAAAACAAUUAUGCAUCCCCAACAAUGGAGACCGAAUGCAGUGGAUCAGGGAGUCUCAUACUUCUAGAUGUGCAUGUCACUUUGGAGUUGACAAAACCCUCCUCAAUCUACAAUGUUAUGUCUAUUGGCCUCAGAUGCAUGUGGAUGUUUAUCAUUUUAUUCGAGGUUGCAUGUUAUGCAACACCUCAAAACCAUCGAGGAAGUUGGGGUUGUACACACCACUUCCAGUUCCAAAUAGACCUUGGGAAGGUAUCUCAAUGGAUUUCUUGGGUGGUUUGCCUACAACUACUAUUGAGCUUGAUUACUUGUUUGUUGUGGUGGACAGAUUCAGCAAAAUGGUGAUCUUAAUUCCUUGUCAGAAGACAAUCUCAGGAGAACGUGCCGCAAAGUUGUUUUUCCACCGUGUUUGGAAACAUUUCGGGUUACCUACUUCUAUCAUUUCGGAUCGAGAUAACAGAUUUCUUGGUCUCUUUUGGAAGUUUUUAUGGGGAUUGAUGGACACAAAGUUAAAACAUAGUACUACUUUUCAUCCUCAAAUGGAUGGACAAACAGAAGUGGUAAACGGACCAUGGUUCAUCUAUUGA